AUGAAUAACGAAAUAUCUGAGAAUUUGGAUUUUGUCGAGCUUGUAAAUUUGAUUGCGAAUGAACAUCGAAUACCAAGAAUAUUUAGGCAGCGUCCAGAUUAUUUUCAAUGUCUACGCGAUUUUGAGUUUGUUGAAAGGUUACGUCUAUCGAAAUCAGCUGAAUUGUAUGUACAUGAUCUAAUUAAACAAACAAUUGAGCAUCCAACAAACAGAAACUUUGCCGUUACAUCAAAACAUAUGUUACUUAUGACUUUGAGGUAUUUUGCGUCAGGUUCGUUUCUAAUUGUUUGUGGUGAUUUUGUGGGUGUACAUAAAUCAACAGCUUCAAGAACUAUAACACGAGUAUCAAGAGCUAUAGCUAGACUUAAUUCACAGUUUAUUAGGUUCCCCGAGACAGAAGAAGAAAUUACAUUAACUAGACAAGAUUUCUAUGCAAAAUGUAAAUUCCCAAGAUGCACUGGUAUUAUUGACUGCACUCUUAUUAAAAUUAGAUCACCUGGAGGGGAGGAUGCAGAAAUAUAUCGAAACCGAAAACAAUACUUUUCAUUUAACGUUCAGGCAAUAUGCAAUGUGAAUCUUAAAUUUAUUAACAUCGUAGCAAGAUGGCCUGGUAGCUCUCAUGACUCAACAAUUUUCAACAACUCUUCAAUACGAGGUAAAUUUGAAAGAGGGGAAAUGAGCGACAGUCUACUCAUAGGGGAUAGUGGAUAUCCAAUCAGACCACUUCUGUUGACAAAGUUGUCAAUUGCAAAAUCGUCGACCCAAUGGGGAUAA